CUCAAAUGUAUCUAAAUCAUGAAAUAAAACUAUGAUUUAUCGAGCAAAAUGACUGCUAUUAAAUUAGAAGCAGACGAGUUACUGGCGUGCCGCGUUUGCCUGGCCACGGACUUGAAACUCUUCGGAAUUAUUGAGAGUAAACUGGAAGAUGCAUUUGCCGAUAUUCUGGGUACUCCUGUGUCGUCGGGUGACGGGUUGCCUGAUCGCGUGUGCGGUUCGUGCCGCACGGCAUUGCGGCGCAGUGCGGAGCUGCGCGCGCGCGCCCGCGCGGCUGUGGACGUGUUGCGGCGGCUGUUACUGCAACAACAUUAUAUUACUACUGAUAUCAUCCGCGCUAUCGACCGCACAUCGCUUCGCCUCGACGACAAGACACACAUACUUACCGACUACCAAACUAAUACGGAAUACCAUGAAACUGACUACUUUCAGGACUCAGUCAGCGACCAUGACGACAAAAGCGACGUAGAUUUAGUUGAAAAUAGUAUGGUAGAAACAAAGGACGUGGUAGAUAAUGGUAGAAGUAUAGCGGCAGUGAAAAUAGUAGAAACGGAUGUGAUGGUAGAAAAUAGUAGAAAUGAAGACGUGAAGAAAGAGAAGAGGAAAAGAAUUAAGAAUGAGAGAAAGAAAGUUAUUAAGGUAAAAGCGAAACCGGAAGUGGAAUGGGUGGUGAAAAAGAAGCCGCUGAGGAAGAAGAAAGGUUUUAAGAGAUAUUUCAUGUGCGACGAGGAUUACAUCAAGUUUGAGGAGAAGUACAACAUACAGGUGAUACGAUUAUCAGAAGAGGAGCAGGCGGCCGAGAUGGAGGCGCGGCGACACGCGGACAGCUACAGGAACGCGCUCAUGCGCUGCGAGCGAUGCUGCAAGGGGUUCCUGUCCGCCUUCACCUAUGAGAACCAUCUGAAAGUGCACGAUCCGGCGGUGUCAGGGCCGAACGAGUGUCGGUGGUGCGGGUGCCGGUUCAAGUGGCCGAACAACCUUCGAACACACUUGAUAGAGACGCACCAACUCAAAUAUGUGUGCAAGCAGUGCCAACGCGUCGUUAAAGGGAGGCACGAGGCGCUGCUGCAUGCGGAGUACCACGCCGGCAAGACGUGGGAGUGUGGACACUGUGCGCGCACUUUCAAGAAGAAGUCGACAUUCUACACGCACGUACGUAUGAACCACGCGACGUCGGAGCCCACCUCCAGCACGUGCGAGUUGUGUGGCGAGUCCUUUAAGGGCCCGCCCGGACUCAAGCUGCACCAGAUUAAAAAGUGCAACAAGAACAUGAAGGCGCAGGAGACGGCGGCGCCGACGAUCGUCGCUAAAAAGGGGUUCAUCUGCGAGGUCUGCGGUAAGAAUUGCACGUCGCUGUCAAUCCUGGCGGUGCAUCUUCGAGCGCACACGGGCGACCGGCCGCACGCGUGUCCCGGCUGCCCGCUGCGGUUCGCCAAGAAGGACAACAUGGAGAAACAUCACCGCGUGGUGCACCUCGGGCAGAGGCCGCAGGUGGCGUGCGGCUUGUGCGGCAAGCUGCUGGCGCACGCCGCGUCGCUCAAGCUGCACGUCAACACCGUGCACCUCAAGCUGCCCGCGCCGCCCCGCGCGCCGCGCCCGACCAGGACCAGGAGGAAGGACAACACUUGCUCAUAUAAAUAA